AUGAAUGAAACUAAUUUAAAGUUUAAAUUUAAAAAAAAAAAAGAUAAAAAAAUAAAACUUCAAAGCUUUUUCCCACAAUUCAUCUUAUCAUUACUUGACUUUUCCUAUUUCUUCACAACUCAACUACAAAUCUCACUUUUUUUCGGAAACCGUGAUUUGUUCAUGUUCUUCUCUAACUCAGGCUACAGCAUUUUAUCAGAAUUUUCUGAUUUUCUUAUCAUUCACUUUUUUCAGUUAUUCAAUAGAACCUCUAAGUCUCUACAACUGCAUAGAUAG